AUGGACUACGCUAUUUCAGUGUUUGCCCAUUUGCAAAAGCCCAACAUAUUUGUUUGGAACUCCAUGAUCAAAGGCUUUGUGCAUUGCCAUUCUUAUCAAGAGGCCAUUUCCAUGUACAAGAAGCUCUUGGUUUCCUCGGUUUCAGCAACCAGUUACACUUUCUCUUCUGUGAUCAAGGCUUGCACCCAAGUAUUGGGCUUGAGCUUAGGGGAAUCCAUUCAUGGCCAAGCUUUGAAAUUGGGUUUGAAUUCUCACGUCUUUGUUGGAACUGCGCUGAUCGAUUUGUACUCAAAUUGUAGCGAGGUUAGAAAUGCUCGUAAGGUGUUUGAUGCAAUGGAGGCUAGGGAUGCAGUCACUUUUACCACGAUGAUUUCAGGUCAUUGCAGGAUUGAUGAACUGAGUUUUGCUCAACAACUCUUUGAUGCCAUGCCUGAGAAAACAGCUUCAUGGAAUGCUCUGAUUGAUGCUACUCAAAGGUUGGUGAUAUAG